AUGUGCCUGGGCAGCCUACAGCAGCGAACUAAACCUUCACAGUUCCUAGAUCACGCCAUGGCUCCCCGAUUGGCGGGCCGCGCUCACAUCGAGAUGCUGGCCGAGGGGAGCAAGGCGCUAACCUACAGGGUCGCGGACUUGGAGCAGUGCAUGUGGGCCCAUUGGCGGAAUGGCGCGUGGCCAGCUCCAGAUCCGGAAAUCGAGCACAAGCACGAGGGGAAGUACCACCACACAUUCGUGACCAGCACCAGUCCACUUGGAAAUGAGCUGAGCAAAACAAAGUGCAGGAUUGAUCUAGCUUGGACGCCAUAA